AUGGAUAAUAUACCUGUACAGUUGAAACCGAUUUCACCAUUCAUCAAGCAAGCUAAGCAAUUAGAGAAACAUGACUUGAUCAUGUCUUACUAUUGUAAGCUUUAUGCUCUACAGCUGGCUGUCGACAUAAAGAAGAAGCUGGGUCCUGCUGGUAGUUCUCUGAGUACUUUUAUCGUAAAGAUUUUGGAUCUAGCAGAGAAUGAUAAAAAGAAGAUAGGUGCUCAACUAGAUGAAGAAGGAAUGGAAUUAGACUAUGUAGAAGGUUUUGCAAUGAGAGCAUUCAAUCAUGCCGAUUCUGAAGAUAGAGCUGGUGUUGCAACAAAAGCAACAGCUACUACAUUCUACUCUUGCUAUUUGUUCUUUGAUGUAAUGAAACAGUUUGGUGAAUUACCAGAGGAAGUUAAACAGAAGCAAAAGUAUGCAGGUUGGAGAGCAGCCGAGAUUAAUACUGCCAUCAAGAAUGGUGUACAACCAACUCCACCACCUACACUUGAGGAAGAAGAUGGAGGUGCUGAUGAUUUAGAGGAUGGUAGUAAUCAAGAGUCAUCAAAUCAAGAUUCAUCGUUCCCUGCAUUCCCAUCAACACCACAAUCCAACCAAUUUCCAAGUUUCCCUUCGACCGUCGAUAGCAAUCCAUCAUUCCCAUCGUUCCCAAGGGCUGGAGGUGACAAUCAAUCACCACCAUCAUUCCCAUCUUUCAACAAUAGCAAUGUAGGUGAUACGCAAUCACCAUCUUUCCCAUCGUUCCCAAAGGCAGGUGGAAACGAUCAACCAUCAUUCCCAUCAUUCCCAAAGGCUGGCGGAAACGAUCAACCCUCAUUCCCAUCGUUCCCAAAGGCAGGUGGAAACGAUCAACCCUCAUUCCCAUCAUUCCCAAAUGCCGGAAGAAACGACCAGUCAUCAUUCCCAUCGUUCCCAAAUGCCGGUGGAAACGACCAGCCAUCAUUCCCUUCAUUCCCAAAGGCAGGUGGUAAUGACCAACCCUCAUUCCCCUCUUUCCCAAAGGCAGGUGACGAUCAACCUUCAUUCCCUUCAUUCCCCAAAGCAGGUGGUAAUGACCAGCCAUCGUUCCCAUCUUUCCCAAAGUCAGGUAGUAAUGAUCAAUCAUCGCUAAACAGAUCGAGUGAUCACCAACAACCAUCAUUCCCAACCUUUAAUAAGCAAGAACCAUCACCACCACCAUACCAACAAGACAUUUAUUCUCCACACCAAACACAAUCACCUCCAAAUAACAGAAGAGACUUUGACCAGCAAUCUUCUCAUCAUCAACAACCACCACAACAAUAUCAACAACACCAGCAGCAACAACAAUCGCCACCAAGCUAUCAACAGCAUCAACAGCAACCACAACAACACCAGCAACAACAACAUCCACAACAAAAACAACAACCACCGCAACAGCAACAACAACAUCAGCAACAGCAACAAUAUCAACAACCACAACAACAGCCACAACAAUAUCAACAAUACAACCAACAACAACAACAGCAACAACAACAAAAUUAUGGAUCAAUGAAUAAGGCAUAUACACCAUCGGAAGAAGACAUCGCCAAUGCCUCUAAAUAUGCCAAAUGGGUUAUCAGUUCUCUCAAUUUCGACGAUGUAAACACUGCAAUCAAAAACUUGAAGUUAUCAUAUAAACAUCUGACUGGAAUUGAUUUAAAUUAA